CGGCCCCACCUGCCCAAGCUCAUCAAUCCGGAGUCCGCACAUCACCACCUCCUUCCUAGAUCCCUCCAUCACUCCCCCAGGGCACCAUGCUCUUCUCAGCUGUCUUCUCCCCGGUGUUUCCGUCCCGACGCCUCCCCCGUUAAGUUCGCGCACUAUAGCAACAAUGCGGCCGCCCUUUCUGCGAAUUGACGAUCGAGCUCCCUGCUUCCCGAACCGACAACUUCGUGCGCUUCGCGCGGGGCAUCGCGGGGCAACUGGAAGUACAUACUCGAUACAGCGCUGUCGGAGAUCCUGAUCAGUCCAUCAGCCAGAGGCAGAGGGUAGAGGGCAGCGGCUGCGAAUUCCACCACCAUGGCUUCCGGUCAAGCCGCCGUUGCCGCGGCUGGCACGCUCCCGACCGAGCUGCUCUGCCUGAUUUUUAGCUUCCUCGACGGGCCGCCGCCCUCGGACGACCGGCUGCACGAACAGCCGCGGCGCGACAUGCUGAGAGCCUCCCGGUGCCUGCUCAAGAACGUCUCCCGCGUCAGCAAGCGAUGGCGCGCCGUCGUCCUGCCCACGCUCUUUCGCCAUGUCGUCUGGUCUCUCGACUGGCUUGAGUUGCAGGAUCCGGACCUGGUCGACGAGCUGCCGUUGCUCGCUUUCUUGCGAACUAGCGGGCUCGGCCGCCACGUCCAGUCGUUCGCCAUCAUUGUCUCGCACACGACCCUGCCCAGCAAACAGCGCUCCGAAACCCCGGGCUCAUCGUCGGCGUCCUCCUCUGCUCGCCGUUUCGCCGUCUCGGGAGCCGCCUGGACACCUCCAGGCAUCCUUGAUCCGUCCUUCGCCAUAUACAAUGAAGACUACAACUGGCUAUGGAACGCGCUGUUCAAGCUGGUGGAUCCUCUCCGCUUCACCAUCAUCGCCUCUCCGCAAACGUUGGCUCGGCUGUUUGCAUCCGCCCUGUUCAUCGGGGACGCCGAUCUCUUCGCCAGCGAGGAGCAGUUCCACAUCCUCUCCCUCUCGCGCGAGUCCCGAUCGACACCAGCCCCGCCGCCACCCACCCAGCCUCCCAACGUUCCCGCCGCCGCCCCUAACAGCGGCUGCGGGGGCGCUCGGCGCCCCGCCGAGCGGCAGCACAUCCCGGUCGCCCUGUUCACCCUCCGGCCCUGGUCUCACCUCCUCCUGAACGAGAACUCGUCGAUCCGCGCAUACAGGAACUACGAGUACUUCGCCAAGAACCCGCCUUCCAUCCUCGACCCGCUGCUGAUCAGCAGCGGCGACGGCGGCCUCACGACCAGCAACAGCCCGUGCCUGCUGCCGCCCACCGUGCGCUCGCUCGCCUACGUCGCCAUCUUCCCGCUGGCGCUGCACUUCCGCAAGCUCACGCGCCACCUGCCGCGCCUCGACCGCCUGUUCGUCCAGCUGGCCCCGCGCAACGACAUCCUGCGCGACCCGGCCGAGAUGGACCACGUCCAGCCCGCCGACCUGUGGCUCGAGCGCCAGGAGUGCUACGAGUCCAUCCUGUUCCGCCUCGCCCACGCCCCGCCCGCCGCGCCGCCUCAUGGGGGGCAGCUACCGCUACAGCCACCCAGCGGCGCCCUCGACGACGGCGGGGACGACAGCGACGACUUCAACAUCCUCCGCGAGGCGCGCAACUGGAGCCUGCUGCGCAGGCUGGAGACGGGCGACGCGCACGACGACGCCGAUUGGUGGCAGUGGAUGGUGCAGCAGAUGCUCGCCGGCCGCAGGGACUGGCGCGUCGAGCGCGAGGGCGUCUUCGUGAGGACGUGACCGGUCAUUUGU